ACUCUUUUAAGGUUGCCGGAAAUAGGUACUGGUACGAAAUCAAUGAAGAAGAAAAAGUAAACUGCAACAUGGCGACUCCCAUGCAUAGAAUAAUAGCUAGACGGCAGGCAGAGGCAAACAAACAACAUGUGCGUUGCCAGAAGUGUUUGGAGAUGGGACACUGGACCUACGAAUGCACAGGGAAGCGGAAAUAUGUGCACAGGCCGUCAAGAACAGUUGAGAUGAAAAAGAAACUCAAGGAGAAUGAAAACCAACCCCUCAGCAUCACCGGACCAGGAACAGAAGGCUCCAGUGAGAAGAAAAUUAAAAAGAAGGCUAAAGAUGGUAGCGACAGCAGCAGUGAUUCAGAUGGCUCCUCAAGUGACUCAUCGUCAGACAGCAGCGACUCCUCCAGCUCCUCUUCAGAUGACAGCGACAGCAGCAGUGACAGCGACGAUGACAGCUCUUCCUCCACUUCCUCUUCUUCCUCCUCUUCAUCCUCAGACAGCUCAGACUCAGAAAGCAGCAGCGAUUCAGAUCAAGGACCUCCAAGGAAGAAGAAAAAGAAGAAAUAAAUAAAUAUGUUGGAAUAAGUGGGUUUUCUUGUUUGUUUCCCUAAGUAAAUUUUAGCUGUCCACAAUUUUUUUUUUCCUCCUAAUUCAUUUUAGUUGGCUGGAGUGGUAGGACACGUUUAGAGCUAUGGAACUGCUUGUACAGUUGUAGCACCAAAACACAGAAUUAGAGAGAAAAGAAUAUUUUGGUUUGGCCAUUGUGUCAUGUUCUGUAUUCGAAACACAUUUCCCGUUACUUUUAAUAAUGUGAUAUUUUGUCAAGUUCAUAGCUCUACUGAGGAUGUGAAUUUAAAAUAUCUGAGGAAACUAAUGCGCUUAUUCAUGUUGAAUUUGUGAUUUUAUACGAAAGUAUAUUUUUAGUCAAACUUAAUCUGUACAGUUCACAACCUCGAUAAAGCCGUACCAUAUCUGGAAACAAACAGAGACAUUGAUGUGAGACCUUUUUGAAAGAUACAGAAUAAAAGUUUAUUAAAUUUUGAAUCAGUUUGAAGUGAGAAGGUCUCGUUGGUAUGAAAUUGCAGUUGCUUGUUCCACAGUAAAAUAAAAUUGGUGUGUUUUUGUU